AAACAAUCAAAAGAAAAGGGAAACUGUUGAAAGAUAACGAUGUUUUCUGUUGGCUAAGAAUCUGAGUUUUCGAAUCCAUGUGUUGGCAGACCAGUGAGCACCAUGUACAUGCACCCGUGUCUUCAUUGGAAUAGGGGGUGAACUUAAGGCCUGAGGUAUUUUGCUGUUGACCAAAGGUCUUGAAUAUCUUAUUUGGUGAACGGAAAUCAAAAGUAUAGACACCAUGUUUGCCAACCUGUUUGGUAAGGGGAAGAAGAACAAGUCCCCGUCCAGUAACUCGCAGUUCCACGUGGCCCGGGUUGAGGACAAAGAGGAGGACGGGUUCUUACUUGUUGGAGAAACGACCGCCGAGAGGAGCACGGUUCACGCGGGUCAGCUCAGUCAGCAGAAUUUACCACCUUCAUAUAGUCACUAUGCUUAUGGUGUUUCCCAGCAGUCCCAGGUCAACCCUCCAAAUUACAGCUGCGUCCAAGCUCAGAUGCAGCAGGCAGCAGAUUCCGUCCCCUCGCCACACUACUCACAGUACAACAAUCAGCCAAUGAGAACGUCUGUUACAGAUUUCUCAAACUCGGCAGAAUUUUCUGAGGUUGUGACCCCCAGCACGGCCUCCGUAUUGUCUGGGGUGCCUUUUCAAUUGGCGUAUGGACUGGAAGUGGCUCUAAACACAGACAAUCAAACACAGAGUCAGUUUUCAAGGAUACAGUCACAGCCAGACUGGAGUAAAUAUGACUAUGAUUUUUCUUUGGAGAGAGGGGUGGUGAGGGAGGCAUGGCAGAGUUGUGAAUGAUCUGAGACUAGUUAUUAAAGGGCACUUUUCUGCUGUAAUUAUCGUUACUUGUUCAUCGAUCCAACUGCGAGGGACUCUCGCUGUUGUUUCCAGCAUACAUGAUCACAAGCUUUUCUGUACUCGUCUUAGUGUCAAUGUCAAGAGGAGGUUUGUUAAUCACUUUAUCUGAUUACAUUCAGCCAGAGUCCCCACGGAGAUUACAUAGAAUCAUAGUUUGGUUGGAAAGUAGCCCUAAGACAGAACACUGGUGCAGUUUUAGAACUUAAAAUGGGUAGGGGUUAGUAAGACUGACUUAGCUCUAUGAAAAGGUGAUACAGGCAUCUUGUAGCUCUUUGUCAGGGCUCCCAUUGUGAUCCCUCUCCAGCCAGGCCCUGACUGGAUCCUCAUUCAGAUCACCCUUUGGGACCUCCCCUUCCCUGCCAUCCCAGCUUGGGCCAUUCAUUACCAUAAGCAGUGCUUCAUUAUCCAUGACCAGAAUGACCAAAAAAGUGUAAUGCUGUAGUAAAACUGGGCAGAAAUUUACCGGGUAACUCAUAGUAGACAUAUAUUAUGAGACUGGUCAUUAGGGAGUAUCUUCCCCAUUGUCACACCCUUUAAUGUUACUUGCCCCUUAUAAUACAUAUCCUCUCUCAGGGCUGUAGCCAGCAAUUUCAUGGGGG